AUCAACGAAUAUUGUCAAUAAUUUAAUAUUAUUUUUUCUGACUUUGUAUACUACUUUUAAUUGUUUAUAGUCUGCUUAUGUUUUUCAUAAUUUCAUGUUUUGAAUUUUACAUACGAUGGUAGAAGAAGUAGUUAAUUCUACUAGUAAACCAAAGAAUAAAACUGCUAGACCACGUCCAGUUUAUUUGUGGAAUGUGCUAGACGUACAAAAAUGGUUGAGGAGGCAUUGUAGCGAUUAUUAUCAAUUAUAUCAUGAAAGGUUUUUAUAUCUGCAAUCGACUAGCUGCGCAACAGAAAUAUUGGAAAAAGAAGAGACGAUACAUCGAUCCCACACCGACAGUCCUAAUGUGGUCCUAGCGGCCACUUUUUCUGUACGGCGUAAUAUGCUUUGACGACUGCCUAUAUCGCGGCGUAACAAUACGUAUCAUACACUUAUUAUAGACAUACAAAUUUUAUACAUACAACGGUUUUGUUUAAAUUCAGUAAGUUGACGCA